CGUGCAGACAGGGCCGCUUCCUCUAGAGGGGGCUGGUCGCAGCCAGGCCCCGGCGCCUCACCUCUAUGAUCCCCAGAGCCGCGUGGGUCCCCGAGCCGCGCAGGGACGAGCCGAGUUACAUCCACGCCCCAGGAAUGUACUGACACCCUUUCCUGGAAGUCGCGCGGACUCCUGUUGCUGCGCGCAGCCGCCAGCCCCUCGGCCCUGCUGAGUCAUCCGGGUCUGGGCCGGGGUCUGGGCAGGCUGACGCUGUCCUCCACAGAGACUAAACAUGGCAUCCGGGCAGGGCCCAGGGCCUCCCAGGCAGGAGUGUGGAGAGCCUGCCCCGACCUCCGCUUCUGAGGAGCAGGUAGCCCGGGACACAGAGGAGGUUUUCCGCAGCUACGUUUUUUACCGCCAUCGGCAGGAGCAGGAGUCUGAGGAGGUGGCCGCCCCCGCCGACCCAGAGAUGGACUCCUUGCCCCUAGAACCAAAUAGCACCAUGGGGCAGGUGGGCCGGCAGCUCGCCAUCAUCGGGGACGACAUCAACCGACGCUAUGACUCGGAGUUCCAGGCCAUGCUGCAGCAACUGCAGCCCACAGCGGAGAACGCCUACGAGUACUUCACCAAGAUCGCCUCCAGCCUGUUUGAGAGCGGCAUCAACUGGGGCCGAGUGGUGGCGCUCCUGGGCUUCGGAUACCGCCUGGCCCUCCACGUCUACCAGCGCGGCCUGAGGGGCUUCCUGGGCCAAGUGGCCCGCUUCGUGGCCGACUUCAUGCUGCGCCACUGCAUCGCCCGGUGGAUCGCGCAGAGAGGCGGCUGGGUGGCAGCCCUGGACCUGGGCAACGGCCCCAUCAGGAAUGUGCUGAUGGUUCUGGGUGUGGUUCUGUUGGGUCAGUUUGUGGUACGAAGAUUCUUCAAGUCAUGACUCCCGGGGGACCCUCUGGAGUCUCAGCUGAGAUUCCUGCAUGGACUUCGGCCAAGCCUUCUCCCUUUCCCUCCCCUGUCGGGGUUCCUCCCUUGAGUACAGAAGCUUUAGAGAAUGGGCACUCUAGCUUACGAGGGCCCCUGCUCAGGGCCAGUCAGGCUGCAGAGGCGCCCCAACAUUGCAUGGUGCUAAUGGGCCCCCUCCCUGGCAGAGAAGGGCUGUAGCCCCUCCCUCAGCUCUGGGCCCCUACCCUGUCUGCUGGGCACUGGGCAGACGAGUAACGGGUAGGCACCAGACUGGGAGGCACUUCUUCCCAAGAAGUUUUUAAUGGUUUUAGCUUUUUAUAAUACCCUUGGGAAACCUCCUUCCCUGUUCCCACCACUCUGCCCAGGCCAGGAGCUCUGGGGUGUGAGGGCCAGUGGGUCUGCCUGGUGGUCCUAGGACUCAGCGGUUCUGGCAGGUCAGAACCUGAGAGCUGGGCUCGAGCGCAGUCCUGUCUCCCAGAGCAGACGUGGCUGGAGGGGGGCCCAGGGCCCACUCGGCAGUCCCCCUGCUUCCACUCCCUGCACCUCAUAUUGCCUUUGCCAUUGGACUCUCAGGGAUUCUGGGCCUGGGGUGGGGGCGGGGGUGGGGGUGCAAAUCAGAGUGGUCUGAACGUAGCCAUCAGGACCCCCCGAGCCUGCCUCCCAUGAUCCUCUCAGCCCACCUCCUUCCCCUCCCGUUACACCACUUGCUCCUAACCCACUCACUACAGAAGACCUUUGCCCCAACCACAAGGCCCUUGGGGGAGCAGUGCAGAGGCCCCUCCUUGCUCAGACUGCAGGGCUCAGGACUUGUUUGUUACUGUACGUUCACGUGGAGGGUUCUCGGUGGGAGAAGGGCUGUUGUCCCCACUAGGAAUCCCCGAGGGUGACUGUCCCGCAUGGCCCGGGUACAGUACAACGUGGAGGUGUGGACAGAGGAACUGUGAAUACUUGAACGCUACCCCCCACCCCAUACUCCAGGCUCCUCAUCUCCUAGGCCACUCCUGGGGUGGGGGUGGGAGCACCUUCUCUAUCUUGCACAGCUGGGGGCUUGGGUGUGAGGGGAGAGAAGUUAUGGAUUAAGCCAAAUGCAGGGAGGGGAUGCAGAUGGAGCCCACUGGCCACCCCACCCCCUCCUCUGUGUUCGAAAAUAAACUGUGCAAUCCCCCACCCCA